CAAGAACCACGUGAUUUCCAUAUAGUCGUCUGUCAUGGCGGGAUUCCUGAAGUGGAAAAAUGGACCUCUCUCCGAAAUAGUUUUUAUAAUUGUGCUUUUUUGUAUAUUAAGUACGCAACAAACCUCAGGAAGUAAGAUCAACAUAGUCAAUAUCAAAGAUGGCCAAGAGUCUGCCAAAACAGGGUCAAAUCACUACUGCUAUCUCAACCCCAUUGUCCCAGGUUGGAAGGAAACAUGGACAAGAAUCCAGGUUCGAGUAUGGAGCUCAAAACAGCUGAAGGUAACUGUUGUGGAGGAUGAGGAGAAGCUGCAGGAGCUAGAACAUUUCAGUGUCUGGGGUCUGGUGCAGUACCUAAUGCAUGAGCAGACCAAUGAAACCACCCUCAGCAUCAGCCUGUUCAGCCCAAAGACCUGCUUCAAGAUCAAACCCAUCGACCCUACAGCAAUAUACACUGUAAAGCCCACACGAAAGUUCGACAUUUUCCUAUUUGUGACAUUCUUGGCUGGAGUGUUGCUGUUCAUCUUUGCAGACUCGCUCAGCAGGAGUCAGGUAUUCUAUUACUCUGCUGGCAUGAGCACGGGUAUGAUUGCCUCCCUCAUCAUUCUCAUCUUUAUCAUGGCACGGUUUUUGCCGAAGAAAAGCCCAUUUUACGUGGUGAUAGUUGGUGGCUGGUCCUUCUCUGUUUACGUCAUCCAGCUUGUGUUCAGGAACCUGCAGCUGAUUCUGAAAGAGCACUGGCACAUGGCUUUUGGCUAUGCUGCAGUGGUUGGUUUUAUCAGUUUUGCUGUGUGCUAUCGUCAUGGCCCUCUUGUGGAGGAGAGGAGUAUCAAUAUCCUGUCCUGGACGCUGCAGUUUUUUGGCCUGCUGCUGAUCUAUGCUGGUAUCCAGGUUCAGCAAGUGGCGUUGGCCACCAUCAUUGCUACAUUCUGCUCUAAGAACCUGGAGUACCCUGUUUCAUUGCUCCUUCUUGCAUGGCAUAAGGUCAAGCCAACUCUACGCUGGAAGCCAGAGCCUCGUCGACUGCUGACUGAAGAAGAGUUCCAGAAACAGGGGGAGGAGGAGACGCAACAUGCCCUGGAGGAGCUGAGAAAGUACUGCAGCAGUCCAGACUUCAGCACCUGGAAGACAGUCUCUCGACUUCAGUCCCCAAAAAGGUUUGCAGACUUUGUUGAGGGCUCACCUCACCUGAUAUCAAAUGAGGUUUCUGUGCAUGCACAGGAAUAUGGAUCCUUCUUUGAGGAUGAUUUCUUUGACACGGAUGAGGACCAUGAUGAGGAGAAUAUGGUGAACGGUUUGAAAAGAGGAGACCUUGGGUGGAAUGACAGAGACUUGUGAUGAUGCAUAGAUGGGUGUUUUUCCCUGUAGCAGCAAGGUUGAUGGAGCAAAAUGCUGACUGGCCUAUAACCCUCACAGCUCUCCUCCAACCCGAAAACGGGUGUUCAUGAAUCACCAGGAGAUAGUGGAAUCUUGCCAUUAGUAUGCCUGUGAGAAUGUCUUGCAUCCAAGUUGAGGCAUAGAUCCUACUGUAGAUUGCUGAUGGCAACCACCAGUUUUGUAAAUUGACACUUAAAGCCAGACCCAGAGUGCAAUGUACUGAACUGAAAAUGUAACUCUAAUUCAUGUGGAGAACUCCCUCGAGUUAGGGGCAUAUUUAUAAAGUUUGGAUUUAUCCCAGUGUUAUAAUUUCAGCUGAGAAACUUGACCACAGGGGUAUACUACAAAGCAGGAUUAAUGAGGUAGCUAGCUAACCUUGAUAAACAAGCAGAAAUAACUCGAUUUUCGGUUUCAUUAAGAAAGCUAAGCUUGGGUACAGUAUGUGUUUUGGUUAUUGAGUCAAUUAGACAAUGCACAUUUCAUGCUAGUCUUUCUAAAAAAAAUAAAAUUAUAUCAGAAUAUUCUUGCAAAUCAGUUUGCUAAGUCAUUGGUCAUGCUUUGUUGUGUUACACUCCUCAGCAAGAGCAAGUUUAUGAAGACUAAGAAUGUUUGGCAUUUCAUUUUCUGGGAGCAAUGACAGAACAUUAUUUUGUUAUCUUUCCUCAUUAGUAAAUUGCCAGGGCACAAUUUUGGAGAUGUUUUAAUGUAAAAAUAUUUUCUUUGGUCUUAUUGUUGAUGUGAAAUAACUGACUUUUUGCGUUGUGAAAUGCGUUGACGUAAAACAGGAAAUGAUUUCGUAGCUGACAUCUGUUGGGAAUAAGUUAGUAUACUGAGCAAAAAUAUAAAUGCAGCAACUAACAAUUUUACUGAGUUACAGUUCAUAUCAGGAAAUUUGUCAAUUGAAAUAAAUUCAUUAGCCCCUCAGCUAUGGAUUUCACAUGACUGGUCAGGGGUGCAGCCAUGGGUGGGCUGCUUGAGAGCCAGGCCCAGCCAAUCCGUAUGAGUUUUUCCCUAGGAAUGGGAUAAAUUACGGACAGAAAUACACCUCAGUUUCACCGGCUGUCCGGGUGGCUGGUCUCAGACAAUCCUGAAGUUGAAGGAGCCAGAUGUGGAGGUCCUGGGCUGGCGUGGUUACACGUGGUCUGAGGUUGUGAGGCUGAUUGGACAUACUGCCAGAGUCUAAA